UGAUUGAUCUAACCGGAAGUGGCAGGGCUCCUUUGCUGACAACAUUAAUAACUUCCGUUGAGCACAUCUUUCAAAAUAAAAGUCUUUAACCUAAAGCGUGUAAAAACAGUGGCAGUGCUUUAAAUCUUUAUUAAACAAAGCACAGUUAGAUGACAUCACACAGCAGACACUGUAACUGUGGCGUCACUGUGACAGCACGUGAUGGGAACAGCUGAUCGCUCACUGCUACAGGUGUCUAGUAUGUGACGUCAUUUGACCACGAUGCAUUCACAUUUUUAUUACACGUUUUGUAAUUUCACAUUUGUGUGUGUGUGUGUGUGUGUGUGGUGCCUGCCUCUGCCGGCAGGGGCGCCUCAAAGGGGGGGAUAGUCACGUGACAGCAUGUUUCCUCGGCGCCAUCAGCUGUUAUCUGCCUGUUUAGGACCAGAGUUCAUAUUGCAGGCGUGUCCGGCCACGCCCACAGGUGCAGCUGACACGGCACCGUGGAGUCUCCAGGUGACAGCCGGACCUGUGAGCAGCACCGAGCUGUCACACUCCAGCUGUGACAGCUGCAGGAAGUUUACUGCGCAUGUGCCGUGUGUCCGGGAGCCGCUGAGAGGAUUUUAAACCGAGCCGGACUCGCAGGGCUGACUCCGUGGAUCCGCUGAAACUCUGAAAGAACAGCAGGAAAACACGUCGACCGUGACUCGGACUCACUGCCGGCUGUGGCACCAACACGCCACCUACCGGAGGACUGAAGGGGCAGGGCUGCCCUGCUGCUGUGCUUCAUGGAGCGUUCGUUGGAGCAGAGAGACAGACGUGGGCGUCUGCAGGAACAGCGAGCUCCACCACAGAGACCCUCUGAUGAUGGACCUGUGAUGUCUCACCUGUGAUCAUGCAGACACAGAGAAACAGGAGAGGACAUUUAGAGCACUUCCUGUACUAUAAGCACUCCAGGCUGAAUCACCUGAAACAGGAAGUUCAAAGGUAUGGGUUGGAGAACCAGUACGUCUUCACUGAAGACAUCCCUCCGUUCCCCCGACCCGAGUUCCACGUGAGCCGUGUCAAACACGACACGGAGCGACGGGGCUUAUGUUGCAUCAGGGUGGACGAGGGCUUCAGGGAUCCUCACAGUCGGGUCCUGGUGUGGUGGAAUCUGGCUGUGGGACCCGAGGAGAUCCAGGAGGCCGAGACGAGGCUCCUAGAGGAGACCUACCCAAACCGGACAGAGGAGCAGGCCGCGAGGCAGCGCAGCUUCCUGUGGAGGUUCGCCUCCUCUCCGGCCUUCAGCGAGAAGUCCAGGCUGGGCUCGUACCGCUUCACCUUCCCCCUGCAGGAGGUGCUGACCGCCUACAGCGAGCAGUUUUGCUCCGGAGCUCCGCCCAUCAUGAGGGUGUUCAAGACCUCGCUGUUCAAACAGGAAGUGCAGUACUCUGUGCUGGUCCACAGCCCGGCCAAUCAGCUGCUCUUCUCAAGGUUUCCUUUACUCCCUGAUGAUGACCCGGACGCCGUCUGCACUUAUAGAGACGGACGCUUCAUCUGGAGACCAGAGGCCAUGUGUGGGACACACAGUUAUGAGUUGAUCUGUAGACCUGAUGGAAACCAGAUGGACGCUCAGGAACUACCUGCACGACCUCCAUUUUACGUCUGGGAUCACGUCGCCAUUGCCCUGCAUGUGGCGAACGGACAGGUGCUGACGUUUAACGCUGACCGCCUGAGACAGAACCUCAGCUUCUGUUGGCCGGACGAAGUAACAGCCAGAAACGACGAGGAGGACUUCGAUGAUUUCGAAGACGCUACAAACUUGGUUAAAUGCCUGUGGCCGGGCUGGCGCCUCCCCCUCGAGGAGGAGCGCUCGCUCCUGCAGCGUUACACAGUGUCCGACAUCAGACUGGUUCUCGUCGGGAGGCCUGGAGUGGGUAAGAGCUCCACUGGGAACGCCAUCCUAGGAAGGCUUGCCUUCAGUCCAGGCGGUCCAUCCUCAGGGACGUCAUCGUGCUGCUGGCAGAGCGAGUGGGUGUUCGGCCACCAGGUGACCGUAGCCGACACUCCUGGUCUCUCGGAAACAUCCAGCGACGCCGUGAAGAGGGGCAUCUCCACAUGUGUAAACAUGCUGAGGCCCCACGCUGUCCUGCUGGUCGUCAGGGUGGGGUCCUCCACCGUGGAGGAUCUAGCCGCCGUGAGGCAGGUGGAGGAGGUCUUUGGGAUGGACGUGUGGAGGUACACCAGGAUCCUCUGCACCUAUGCUAACCCAGCGGCUCCAGACAUCGAGACACAGCGCCGGGCGACGGGACCUGAGCUGCUUUUCAGAGUGGGCUACAGGUACCACGUCCUCAACAACAACCCAGACCACUGGGACGGUCAGCAGGUCUAUGAUCUGGUGCAGGCCGUGGCAAGGAUGGUCAUGGCUAAAGGAGGGGAGGUCUACUCCAUCAGGAACACCAUCUGAGUGCUGGGUGAUGUUGUAAUGUUGUUUGCACUGUUUACCCUCAGGUGAUGGAGUGUGGCGUACGAUAAAUGCACCAGAACGCCCAGCACAGCGACACCUGCUGGCCUCAGUGGGGAGGUCACCUCCCAGAUUAGCUUCCAUGAUGCAUCAUGGGAAGUCCCCCCCAUCCUGACGUCAGCAGGUUUGGAAAUGCAGUUUGUUUGUAGCCGACUACGAACGUUAAACUUUGAAUAUUCUGUGCAACGAUCCAAAAGCCUUUUAAAAAAUCCCAACAGUGCCGAUCUCACGAAGAUCAUUCAAGACACACGUGUGUCUGUGAGGGUUUGAAAAGGACAGGAGCCAAUGAAGGGAAGCCAAAACAGGAGAAAUCUGCUCUCUCUUUCUAGUCCCUGUCAGGACUCUUGCUGCAGCAUUUUGGAUCAGCUGAAGGCUUUUCAGGGAGUUUUUAGGACAUCCUGAUAAUAAAGAAUUACAGUAGUCCAGCCUGGAAGUAAUAAAUGCAUGAACUAGUUUUUCUAAUUUUAGAGAUGUUGGUCACAUGAGAGGAAUGUGUGGGUGACAGAACAAAUUAACCUUCUCAAGUUUGGAAAACUGUGUCCAUGAGGACUCCAGCAUCACCAUGUCUCACCUGCUGGUGAGGACCCGCCUCUGCCUUCGUGCAGACCAACCACUGCACAGCGUUACUGACAGGAGGAUCGUUUACAUGGUGGACACAAUCCGAGUGCUGCAUCUGCCAAUCAGCAGUGAUUUUCUCUGUGUAGCCCCUCCCACAGACACAGCUAUGCGCCAGUUCUCACCUGACCCAAUGCAGCACUGACAGCGUGUCAUUGGUGACCAUUUAAGCCAAUCAGCUGCCAGAUGAAACUGAGGAAGUGAAAUUAUUAAUGAGCCCUGAAUGACUCCGGACAGCUAGCAAAGAGCCAGCUAAACAACAACAGCUUACAACAGUUUGGCUCGACUGUCCUAAAAAUCACACUUUGCCUCAGAUAAACAGUUUGAUUCCAUCCUCACAUCAAACAUAGUUAGAUCCACUUCAGAGACAGUUUCAGUAACAGCAGCUAAUAGAGGCUAACAGAAGCUAACAGCAGCUAAUAGAGGCUAACAGAAGCUAACAGCAGUGCAUAUUGACAGAAAGUUCAGCAUAUUUUCAACAGCUCGUCUCAGUAUCACUGUCAUCAGACAGAAGUGAGUUUCACUCACUCACUGACUCCUCCAAAGUAAA